GCUCCGCCCCGCCCCGCGGCCACCAGGGCCCGCCCCCGAGCCGGCCCGCCCGCCCGGCCUGCCCUUCCUCGCCGCCUGGACGCGCGGGUGCCGUUGAUCCCCUCCUCCUCCGCCCCGCCGCCCUGACUCCCUCUCUCUCUCCUUUCCUCAGAGGAUGUCCGCCUUCCAGAUCAACCUCAACCCGCUCAAGGAGCCACUCGGCUUCAUCAAGGUCCUCCAGUGGAUUGCUUCCAUCUUUUCUUUUGCUACCUGUGGAGGGUUUAAGGGGAAAACAGAAAUUCUAGUGCAUUGUCCUCCUGCAAAUGACAAUAAAACUGUCACAGCUACUUUUGGUUAUCCAUUCAGGUUGAAUCAGGCAUCAUUUGAGACACCUCCACAUGUAAAUGUGUGUGAUGUAACUUGGAAAGAUCAUGUCCUCAUAGGAGAUUACUCUUCUUCUGCACAUUUCUAUGUUACAUUUGCAGUCUUUGUGUUCCUGUACUGCAUUGCAGCCCUUCUGCUUUAUGUUGGUUACACGAACCUAUAUCGGGAUAGUCGUAAAUUUCCCAUGAUUGACUUUGUUGUUACUCUUGUUGUCACUUUUUUGUGGUUGGUGAGCACUUCAGCCUGGGCUAAAGCUCUUACAGAUAUUAAAAUAGCUACUGGUCCCAGUAUUGUUCAGGAACUUGGGCCAUGUAAGAAGACAGGAGUGAUGUGUUAUUUUGGCUCUGUGACCAGUAUGGGAUCCCUAAAUGUAUCAGUGAUCUUUGGCUUUCUGAAUAUGAUACUUUGGGGAGGAAAUGCUUGGUUUGUGUACAAGGAGACCAGCCUACACAGUCCAUCAAAUACUUCUGCCCCCCAUAGCCAAGGAGGUAUUCCACCUCCUGCUGGAAUGUAAUUAAAGGGAGAAAUACACUGUAUGAAAUAUAUGUCAAUACUAUGACAUGUUACCAACAUCUUGAGAACCAUUAUUUGUUUCUAAUAAAAAGUAAUGGCUUUUUCAAUAAAUUGGUGGGUUUAAAAUUUUGCUGCUUUUUUACAUAAAGCCUGUACCUUUUUCCUAGAAGUUUAAGAUGUAAAUGUAUUCUCGAAUGUAAAUUUGAAAGUUCAGGGGCCUAUUAUGAGAUGAUAUACAUUUUCAAAUGAACAGUAAUUUUUUCACUAAGCUGUUUGCCUACCAAAGUGUUUACAUCUUAAACCUUAACAUGUAGCUUCACUCAGAAAACAGUUAUAAUGUCAUAUGUAAUAGGAAGAAAAAUCUUUAUUUGGAAUAUACACUACUAUAAGUUUGUACAGAUCAUUUACCUAAGACUGGUCUUUAAGGAAGCCUUGGUUACACAAAUUGUAUUUAGAAAAAAAAUAUUUAGUUCAAAAUUUAUAUCUAAUAUUCAUGUUAUGAAAAAUUUUAAACUGCAAAGACUUGGUAUAUGUUUUAUUUUUGUUUUUCUAAAUAACCUGCUGUACUUCAUAGGUGUACUAAAAUUGUGUUGGGAGCAGGGAUUUGGAAAUUAGAUAUGUAGUUAAUUUAGUAAUUCUGUUGCAUGAGGUGUAAGCUUCUAUUAUGCUGGUGGUUUAAUAGGCUUGCUAUAUAAGCAGAAAGAGCAUGGUUCAGCUAGGUAUUUUUAUAUGGGCGUUACUCUUUGUGCUGUUUGUUUGCUGUCCUUUGUUGCUCAUGUUAUUUAAGCGCAGGCUGAGACCUAGUCUCCUUGCAAAUAGAGUAAAAUAAUCUACCUUUUUAUGUAGACCCUAUUCAGAGGGUUAAAAAAAAUUAAGAUUGCCUUUUACCUUUGAAAACUUACCAUUUAGAGUCAAUGAAGUUGCUAUUUUGAGUUUAGCAUUGAUAUUGUGAAAAUAAAUGCAGUUUGAAUUUCAUGUUUCUUAAUGUUCAUUCUUACUUCACGAAUGAUUAAGGAAUUAUGCAUCAUAAACAAAGGCACCUAAAUGAGCUAUAUUAUGGGUCUGUUGUCUUUGCACACACAUUUGAGUAUAUUCUAAAUACAGAGCUUAUUCACAUUUUGCUUCCUAAUCUUUGUUGUACAGGGAUCCAGAUUUCUUAUUCUUACAACAUGAAUGUUUAUAUGUGAAGCACAUCUUGCUAUUGCCUUAUUUUUGUUGCUUUUAUUCAUGACAAGAAUUGUCAAUAUGAGAAUGUAUCUUUUUUGCAACCAACUUAAUAAAGAAAUUGAAAGAAA